AUGUUUUCAACGAUCGACCCCUCCCUCCGUCUCCGCCGCGCAAUCCACGCCAACGACCCCCUCCUCGUAACCCGCAUCCUGAAAUCCCACCCCCUCCUCCUCCAAAACCCAGACUCCACCCCCCACGGCCUCUCCAACACCUCCCUCCACCUCUCCGCCCACCUCGGAUUUCUCCCCAUCGUCGCCGUCCUCUUAUCCCUCGGCCACGAGAAAUCAGGCAUCUCCCUAAACGAAGACCACCAAACACCGCUCAUGCUCGCCGCUGCCGCGGGUCACACCGAGAUCGUGCAUCUGCUGUGCACGGCACAUCCGGAGAGCAUACCAAAACGCGACGUCCGGUGCCGUGACGCGCUGAUGGAAGCUGCGAGGGCGGGACAUGAUACUUGCCUACAACUUCUCUUGACGUUCGCCCCGGAAGAGGGCUUACUGGGGAAUGCGGACGUGGAUGGGAAUACGGCGCUGCAUUUUGCGAGUAGUAAUGGGCAUUUGCUGGUUCUGAGGACGUUGUUGGCGGCGGGUGCGGAUGCGGGGAGGAAGAAUGUGUGGAGUUGGACGCCCGUGGCGUAUAGUGCGACGGUGGAGGCGGAGGUUUAUUUUAAGAGGUUGGUGGGGGAGGUGGAGAGGCGGAGGGGGGAGGGGAGGGAGAGAGAUAGGGAGGGAGGAAAGGGGAUGGGGGUUAGGUUGGUUGAGGGGGAGGGGGAGUGA